UUGUAGCACACUGUUUAUUCUGUAUCUCACAUAAAAAAGUCGCUCGAGCUCCAUUACAGCCUAUUCAUUCCUGGGAAAAACCAGAAGUGCCCUUUGAAGCGGUCCAUAUGGAUGCCCUGGGACCACUCCCCGAGGCGGAUGGCUAUCGAUACGUCCUUAUGGUAAUUGUCGCAUUCUCUAAGUUCGCGUUACUUUACCCGAUGUAUCGGCAAGAUUCCAAUAAAUUGAACCGCAAUGUUACUAAUGUUUUUUCGCUCUUCGGAGCCCCUAAGUUAAUUGUUGCCGACAGAGGUCGUAUGUUCCAAAGUAGCGAAUUUCUCGACUGGGUUAGGGAUAUGGGUUGUGAAAAAUGGCCUUCUUUUAUCUGGAAAAUUCAACUCGUGCUGAACAUCACUCGGCACAGAACGACGCAAUACUCUGCCCUGAACCUGCUUGUUGGUAUAGAAGGGGCCACGCCUCUCAUCCGAAGUUUGGUACGCGAUGUGGUGUUGGAAGGUUCCAGUCCAAACAGGGAGGCUUUACGUGAAAUGGGCCGACAGAGAGCAUCGGGACGGCUCAAGCAAAAUCAGCAAAGCCAGGAUAAUUACGUUAAUCAAGGCAGAAAGGCGCCUCGUGGCUUUGAAAUAAAUUCCUUAGUUUUUGUCAAAAAGCAGGCACAGUCCACGGGGAAGCUAGACUCCGGUAUGCGCGGCCCGUACCGUGUGACAAAGAUUCUUCCGCAUGGGCGCUAUGAGCUACAACUCCUUGCUGGCUCCUACGGGAAGUCGACGCAAGCAGCAGCGGAUUUUAUGAUUCCGUGGCGUGGAGAGUAGACACCUGAAGUAUGUGCUGCUUACUUUGAUGGUGCGUUGCUUGGCUACUCCAAGGCAGGUUGCAAACUGUCCUUGGGUAUGUUGUCAGAAAUAGCUAACGUAGUGCUUCCUUUCUGUGUAUACGAUUGUCGGGAGAGAGCUAACGUCGCGCUUCUUUCCUAACGAUUGUGGGGCGAACAUGCAAACGUCGGGCCUCUGUCUCGCCGGGCUAAGCUAUGCUAACGUCGUGCCUAUGCCUUACACCAUGAUUAAGUUAUGCUAACGUAGCGCCUAUGGCUUAAACAUUGCUUGUGUUGCUUCGCAUCUUGUCGAUAUGAUGGAGGCAUCAUAUUUAUGGGAUGUUAAAUUUCGCAUUUUCAAUUGCUGUUAAUGUGUGUACGUAACCUAAUAGAUGUUGUUUCCGUGCAUAGGUGCAGACACGGAGGAUGAAGAUCCUGGUGCCACUCAACCAGAUGAAGCAGUUGAUUUUGGUCGCGGGUUACCGCCACCGGCUCUAACUGCACGGCGGCCUGUGGAUGAUGA